AUGGCUACCUCCAAGCCGGCCGAUGAUAUCGUGUCUCACGAUGCUCCGCUGCACUUCCCGGCCGAGGACCACCUCAACCAGUCCAGUUCCAUGGACGAGCUCAUCCGCAAUGCUAGGACUGCCACCGACAGCGAGCAUUCUAUGAGCCUGCUCCAGGGCAUCAAGUUGUAUCCGAAGGCUGUCGCUUGGAGCAUGUUGAUCUCGACCUGUAUCUGCAUGGAGGGCUACGACGUGUGUCUGCUUAGUAAUUUCUACGGCUUUCCGCAAUUCAACAAGAAGUACGGAAAUGAAUUGGCAGAUGGAACGUAUCAGGUGUCUCCUGCGUGGCAAGCUGGCCUGAGUAAUGGAGCCAAUGUUGGAGAAAUCAUUGGUCUUUUCAUCAAUGGCUUCGUUUCUGAGCGGUUCGGCUACCGUUACACCGUCAUGACUUGUCUGACCCUAAUCAUCGCGUUCACGGCAAUCUUUUUUACGGCCAAGGAUGUAGUUUCCCUACAAGUCGCUGAAAUUCUUUGUGGAAUUCCAUGGGGUGUAUUUCAAACACUUACCAUCACAUACGCCUCCGAAGUAUGCCCAGUCGCAUUGCGUGGAUAUCUUACUACGUAUGUCAACUUUUGCUGGGGUCUAGGUCAAGUGAUCGGAAUCGGAGUCAUUAAGAGCAUGUUGGGUCGUACAGAUGAAUGGGCGUAUCGAAUUCCAUACGCACUUCAAUGGAUGUGGCCAGUCCCGCUUCUUGUCGGUAUAUGUCUUGCACCUGAGUCUCCUUGGUGGUUGGUUCGUAAGGGUAAGAUUGAGCAGGCAAAGAAGUCGCUUCUGCGCUUGACUAGCCUGAACAGAGAAACCAAUUUUGAUGCCGAUGAUACCAUUGCUAUGAUGGUCCAUACCACCGCACUAGAGGAAAAGGUAAAAUCUGCAUCCAGCAUAAAGGUCAUCCUGCUAACAUCACCCAACCAGAUUACAAAAGGAGCAAGUUAUUUGGACUGCUUCAGAGGUACUGACCUGCGACGAACCGAGGUAAUGCCGGCCUAUCGUCCGAUCCAUAUUGUUUGCAUGGUCUGGGCGAUUCAAAACUUGAGUGGCAACUCAUUCUCUGGAUAUUCCACUUAUUUUCUUGAACAAGCCGGUCUUGCAACUCCCAAGGCGUAUGAUUUUGCGUUAGGUCAGUACGGAUUCAAUAUGAUUGGCGUUUUCGGUGCCUGGUUUUUGAUGUCUCUUGGAUUUGGUCGAAGGUCGCUUUAUAUCUAUGGACUCUGUGGCCUCUGCUCCAUGCUCUUUAUCAUCGGAUUCCUCGGCCUUGUUCCAGAGGCCCAUAGAGACCAAGCAUCCAUCGCCACUGGUAGCAUGCUGUUGGUCUGGGCUUUGUGCUAUCAAUUGACAGUUGGCACCGUUUGUUACUCCUUGGUCGCUGAACUGUCCACUCGGAGACUGCAGAUCAAAACAGUUGUCCUGGGACGCAACCUCUAUAAUAUCGUUGCAAUCAUAUGCUCAACCAUCACGCCGUACAUGCUGAAUCCAACCGCUUGGAACUGGCAGAACUAUGCUGGGUUCUUCUGGUCCGGCAUCUGCUUCUUAUGCAUCAUCUACACCUACUUCCGUGUCCCCGAGCCCCAAGGCCGCUCCUUCGCCGAGCUAGAUCUCCUAUUCGAACGUGGAGUCAGCGCUAGGAAAUUUGCAAGCACCAGUGUGGAUGUAUUUGAUGACGAGGUGCAAGGAGAACUUGUUCUGCCGCGGAGAGAUGAGGAGAAGAAGAGCUAUGUAUGA